AUAUAUGACCCCAAAAGAAAAAGAAAAAGAAAAAGAAAAAGAAAAACCCUUCAGCCGCUACGUGACAGAGACAAAGAAGAAUCCAUUUUUGAUUCUGAUCAAUGGUGGAAAUGGGAGAAUCCUCUGCUUCAGCCAAACCCUCAGAUGAAAUCUGGGCCAAGCUUGUUCAGUCAGACUCGAGAUACUUGAAUGUUGAAAUAAGGUCAGAUGAAGGCGAAAUAUGUUCGGAAAUAUCAGCUACUUCUAGUGACAAACAUAGCUGGUGCAAAAUAUCAAGGAAUUCUGAUCUAUGUUCUGCCACAAUGGAAAAUAAGAGUUCAAAUACAAUACUUGUUGAUGGGGCUGAGGUAGGCAAUGGUGACACUGCUGUUAUCAAGGAUGGAAGUGAAAUUAUCCCAGGCCCGGAUAGAGAAGGAUUUUUCAGCUACAAAUUCCAAAUCAUGUCUAGCCCAGAAACCAGCCAGACGCUGCUAAAGAUAUGUGUCGAUGUUGAUCAUGCAAAGUGUAGUAUUUGCCUAAACAUAUGGCAUGAUGUUGUGACUGUUGCUCCAUGCCUUCAUAAUUUUUGCAACGGUUGCUUCUCAGAGUGGUUACGGAGAUCGCAGGAAAAACGUUCGACCGUACUUUGUCCUCAAUGCAGAGCAGUUGUUCAAUUUGUUGGCAAAAAUCACUUUCUGCGUACCAUUGCGGAGGAUAUGGUGAGAGCUGAUUCUUCCCUAAGACGCUCACAUGAUGAAGUUGCGCUUUUAGAUACAUAUGCAUCAGUACGGUCAAACCUUGUCAUUGGAUCUGCAAAGAAAAGUCGAAAGAGGGCCAACACAAGUACAACAAUGGUUGAUCAAAAUGAUGGCAGCGAUCAUCAUUGCCCGCAGUGUGUUACUGCUGUUGGUGGGUUUCGAUGCAAUAAUAACACUGAUCAUCUCCAAUGUCAAGCAUGUGGAGGAAUGAUGCCUUCCCGUAAUGGUCUUAGUGUUCCUCAAUAUUGCUUAGGAUGUGACAGACCAUUUUGUGGACCUUACUGGAAUGCUCUUGGAGUAACUAGGAGCAGUUCAUAUCCUGUUUGUUCCCGAGAUACUUUAAAACCUAUCUCUGAAUACACUAUCUCAGCAAUUCCUUUGUUAGUCCAUGAAAAGAAUCCGCACGAACAGAAAAUCACUGAAAGUUGCAUACGACAAAUGGGGAGGACAUUGCAGGAUGUCAUAUCAGAGUGGAUAGUAAAGCUGAAUAACAAAGAAAUAGAUACAACACGAAUGACACUGAAUCACGCAGACAUGAUGACUGCUGGGACUCUUGUAUGCAGUGAUUGUUAUCAGAAGUUGGUGUCAUUUCUCUUGUACUGGUUCCGCAUUUCUAUACCCAACCAUCUUCUCCCACCAGAAGCAUCAGCAAGAGAAGAUUGCUGGUAUGGUUAUGCAUGUCGGACACAGCACCGUAAUGAAGAUCAUGCUCGUAAAUUGAAUCAUGUUUGCCGUCCCACCAGAGGCUCCCAUUUCUGAUGUAAAUAAGUAUAUUUCUUUCUUCGGAUUUAUAUGUUUUGUUUUCAGUAGUCUUUUCUUUCUUGACAAAUUAUAAAAUGUCCCUCGGAGAAAUAACUUUUAGUACGCGUGAUUUGCUAUGGAAAUGAUGAAGUAUGGCAUUUUGUUUUUGUGUAGCAAAUUAUACUCAGAUUUGCAAGGUCUUGCAAAUCUUAGUGCAAUGUUAUGCCAAUAGCCUAUAUGUGCAUGUACAAAUCUCACAUAUGGUUCUUCAUGAAUUAGGGUCUUUUUGGCAAUUUUAUUAUUAGUUAAAAACCCUUUAAGUUGUUAAAAUUUACCCAAAACCUAACAUCAGAAAAGUUUGGGAUUUAGAUUCCUUGGUGUAACUGUGUGGUACAAUUACAGAUAUGGGCUCUCCAAUCUUAAAUCAAUGAUCGAGAUCGUUUAAAAUUAGUUUAUUGGUUGUGUAAUCUAAAUCGUCUGCUUUUAAAA